CCCAAAUCAACAGGCCCAGCAGCCAUAAAUUCAGUCUUUACCACCACCAGUUCCGGAUUAGAACCCACAACUACAGGUGUACCCUCAAAUACCAGGACAACACACCCUGAUUCAGGGCCUACAACUAAAGACAAAACAUCAUCCUCCACAGCUUUGGUUUCCUCUACAACUGCCUCAGCUACGUCUGCAGCCACAGCAUCCACAAAUACAAAUAUUUCUUCUGCACCGGCAACCACAAAUAUUAAUACUGCCUUCAUAAGGAUAACAGACAUUUUAGCCCAUACAACUCACAAACCCAUGACAAAAACUUCUGUUUCAACACUUGAACCUUCUGGUUCAUCUACAGCGUCCCCACGUACAAGCUCCACUUUAACAGCUACAUCUCAAGCUGAUGUUAAUGAUACAUCAACAACAUUAGCCCACACAACCACUACUACAACUUCAUCUCUUAAUAAUGAACCCAAAUCGACAGACCAAGCAAUCAUAACAUCAGUCUUCACUGCCACCAGUAACAGUUUAGAACCUACAACUAUAGGCAUACCCUCAACUGCCAAGACAAUACACACUGAUUCAGGGCCUACAACUAAAAACAAAAUAACAUCCUCCACAAAUUCUGCUUUCUCUACUCCUCCCUCAGCUAUAUCUACAGCUACAAAUGUUACUUCAGCCCCUAUAGCCACUAAUAUUAAUACUGCCUUUGUGACCACAACCAACCUUGUAGGCCCUGCAACUGCCAAACCUACAACAAGUACUGCCACUACUCUUGCAUAUUCAUCUACAACUACAGAUUUCACAAAUCACACAGCCGCAAAACUUCCUUCCACUCCCACAACCACUGGUAUCACAACAACCCCCACAACCUCAAAAGUUACUUUAAGUCCUCUGACAAGUUACACAACUUCAGUCCAUGGGACCAGAACCACAUUGUUAACCCAUACAACUCUCAAAGCCAUGACAAAGCCUCCUGCUACUACAGUUGCACCACCUGGCUCAACUACUGCAUCCUUACAUACAAACCCCACUUCCACAACUACAUCUCCAGCUAACAUUUUGGAUAGAUCAACCACAUCACCCGACACAACUGCUACAGCUUCAGAUCUUACAAAUCAACCCAGAUCAACAGACCCAGCAGCCCUAAUAUCAGUCUCAACUGCCUCCAGUACCAGUUCAGAACCCACUACUACAGGCAUACCAUCAUAUGCCAGGACAAUACACACUGACUCAACGCCCACAACAAAAAACAAAAUGCCAUCCUUCACAACUUCUGUUUCUUCUACAACUGCCUCAGCUACAUCUGCAGCCACACCAUCCACAAACACAAAUAUUUCCUCUGCCCCAACAACCACAAAUAUUAAUACUGCCUUCAUAACGAUAACAGACAUUUUAGCACAUACAACUCACAAACCCAUGACAAAAUCUCCUGCCGUGACACUUGUAACUUCUGCUUCAACUGCUACAUCCCCACAUACAAGCUCCACUUCAACAGCUACAUCUCUAACCACCAUUUUGGAAAAAUCAUCCACAUCAGACCACACAACAACCACUACAGCUUCAGCUCUUUCAAAUGAACCCAAGUCAACAGGUCCAGCAGUUAAAACUUCUGCCUUCACUAUCACCAGUACCAGUUUAGAACCCACAACAUCAGCGAUACCCUCACCUGCCAGGACAACACACACUGAAUCAGGUUUCACAACUAAAGAUAAAGUUCCAUCCUCCAUAGGUUCUGUUUCCUCUACCACUCCAUCAGCUACAUCAACAGCCACAGAGUCCACGACCACAAAUGUUUCUUCUUCUCCAGUAACCACUGAUAUUAAUACUGCCUCCAUAAAAAAAUCAUCUGCUGCUAUACGUCCACCUUCUGGCUCAACUGCGACACCUCCACACACAAGCUCCACUUCUAAAGCUACAUCUCAAGUCACCAUUAUGAAUAGUUCAACCUCAUUAGCCCAAACAAAAACUACUAUAGCUUCCACUACUACUAAUGAACCCAAAUCAACAGACCCAGCUGCCAUAAAUUCAGUCUUUACCACCACCAGUUCCGGAUUAGAACCCACAACUACAGGUGUACCCUCAAAUACCAGGACAACACACCCUGAUUCAGGGCCUACAACUAAAGACAAAACAUCAUCCUCCACAGCUUUGGUUUCCUCUACAACUGCCUUAGCUACGUCUGCAGCCACAGCAUCCACAAAUACAAAUAUUUCUUCUGCACCGGCAACCACAAAUAUUAAUACUGCCUUCAUAACGAUAACAGACAUUUUAGCACAUACAACUCACAAACCCAUGACAAAAUCUCCUGCCGUGACACUUGUAACUUCUGCUUCAACUGCUACAUCCCCACAUACAAGCUCCACUUCAACAGCUACAUCUCUAACCACCAUUUUGGAAAAAUCAUCCACAUCAGACCACACAACAACCACUACAGCUUCAGCUCUUUCAAAUGAACCCAAGUCAACAGGUCCAGCAGUUAAAACUUCUGCCUUCACUAUCACCAGUACCAGUUUAGAACCCACAACAUCAGCGAUACCCUCACCUGCCAGGACAACACACACUGAAUCAGGGUUCACAACUAAAGAUAAAGUUCCAUCCUCCAUAGGUUCUGUUUCCUCUACCACUCCAUCAGCUACAUCACCAGCCACAGAGUCCUCAACCACAAAUGCUUCUUCUUCUCCAGUAACCACUGAUAUUAAUACUGCCUCCAUGAAAAAAUCAUCUGCUGCUACACGUCUACCUUCUGGCUCAACUGCGACACCUCCACACACAAGCUCCACUUCUAAAGCUACAUCUCAAGUCAGCAUUAUGAAUAGUUCAACCUCAUUAGCCCAAACAAAAACUACUAUAGCUUCCACUCCUACUAAUGAACCCAAAUCAACAGACCCAGCAGCCAUAAAUUCAGUCCUUACCACCACCAGUUCCGGAUUAGAACCCACAACUACAGGUGUACCCUCAAAUACCAGGACAACACACCCUGAUUCAGGGCCUACAACUAAAGACAAAACAUCAUCCUCCACAGCUUUGGUUUCCUCUACAACUGCCUCAGCUACGUCUGCAGCCACAGCAUCCACAAAUACAAAUAUUUCUUCUGCACCGGCAACCACAAAUAUUAAUACUGCCUUCAUAACGAUAACAGACAUUUUAGCCCAUACAACUAACAAACCCAUGACAAAAACUUCUGGUUCUACACUUGAACCUUCUGGUUCAACUACAGUGUCCCCACGUACAAGCUCCACUUCAACAGCUACAUCUCAAGCCAAUGUUAAUGAUACAUCAACAACAUUAGCCCACACAACCACUACUACAACUUCAUCUCUUAAUAAUGAACCCAAAUCGACAGACCAAGCAAUCAUAACAUCAGUCUUCACUGCCACCAGUAACAGUUUAGAACCUACAACUAUAGGCAUACCCUCAACUGCCAAGACAAUACACACUGAUUCAGGGCCUACAACUAAAAACAAAAUAACAUCCUCCACAAAUUCUGUUUUCUCUACUCCUCCCUCAGCUAUAUCUACAGCUACAAAUGUUACUUCAGCCCCUAUAGCCACUAAUAUUAAUACUGCCUUUGUGACCACAACCAACCUUGUAGGCCCUGCAACUGCCAAACCUACAACAAGUACUGCCACUACUCUUGCAUAUUCAGCUACAACUACAGAUUUCACAAAUCACACAGCCGCGAAACUUCCUUCCACUCCCACAACCACUGGUAUCACAACAACCCCCACAACCUCAAAAGUUACUUUAAGUCCUCUGACAAGUUACACAACUUCAGUCCAUGAGACCAGAACCACAUUGUUAACCCAUACAACUCUCAAAGCCAUGAUAAAGCCUCCUGCUACUACAGUUGUACCACCUGGCUCAACUACUGCAUCCUUACAUACAAACCCCAUUUCCACAACUACAUCUCUAGCUAACAUUUUGGAUAGAUCAACCACAUCACCCGACACAACUGCUACAGCUUCAGAUCUUACAAAUCAGCCCAGAUCAACAGACCCAGCAGCCCUAAUAUCAGUCUCAACUGCCUCCAGUACUAGUUCAGAACCCACUACUACAGGCAUACCAUCAUAUGCCAGGACAACACACACUGACUCAACGCCCACAACAAAAAACAAAAUGCCAUCCUUCACAACUUCUGUUUCUUCUACAACUGCCUCAGCUACAUCUGCAGCCACACCAUCCACAAACACAAAUAUUUCCUCUGCCCCAACAACCACAAAUAUUAAUACUGCCUUCAUAACGAUAACAGACAUUUUAGCACAUACAACUCACAAACCCAUGACAAAAUCUUCUGCCGUGACACUUGUAACUUCUGCUUCAACUGCUACAUCCCCACAUACAAGCUCCCCUUCAACAACUAUAUCUCUAACCACCAUUUUGGAUAUAUCAUCCACAUCAGACCACACAACAACUACUACAGCUUCAGCUCUUUCAAAUGAACCCAAGUCAACAGGUCCAGCAGUUAAAACUUCUGCCUUCACUACCACCAGUACCAGUUUAGAACCCACAACAUCAGCGAUACCCUUACCUGCCAGGACAACACACACUGAAUCAGGGUUCACAACUAAAGAUAAAGUUCCAUCCUCCAUAGGUUCUGUUUCCUCUACCACUCCAUCAGCUACAUCAACAGCCACAGAGUCCACAACCACAAAUGUUUCUUCUUCUCCAGUAACCACUGAUAUUAAUACUGCCUCCAUGAAAAAAUCAUCUGCUGCUAUACGUCCACCUUCUGGCUCAACUGCGACACCUCCACACACAAGCUCCACUUCUAAAGCUACAUCUCAAGUCAGCAUUAUGAAUAGUUCAACCUCAUUAGCCCAAACAAAAACUACUAUAGCUUCUACUACUACUAAUGAACCCAAAUCAACAGACCCAGCUGCCAUAAAUUCAGUCUUUACCACCACCAGUUCCGGAUUAGAACCCACAACUACAGGUGUACCCUCAAAUACCAGGACAACACACCCUGAUUCAGGGCCUACAACUAAAGACAAAACAUCAUCCUCCACAGCUUUGGUUUCCUCUAUAACUGCCUCAGCUACGUCUGCAGCCACAGCAUCCACAAAUACAAAUAUUUCUUCUGCACCGGCAACCACAAAUAGUAAUACUGCCUUCAGAACCGUAGAAGAUAUUUUAGCCCAUACAACUCCCAAACCCGUGACAACUACUUCCAGUACUGCCAAGACAACUACUUCAGUUACAGGCACAGGUUUUAAAAUUGACACAACCAUAACACGUCCUUCAAGUCCAACAAUCACUAGUAUCACAAAAGCCCCCACAACCUCAAAUGUUUCUUUCACGCAUCUAACAACAUCUUCCGACACAUUGAUCACACCCAUAAACUCAAGCUUUCCCAUUCCAUCACCUGCAACUGAAACCUUCUCGACCUCAUCCAUUACUGAGACGUCUAAAACCACUUCACCCAUAGUCACACAUUCUAAAGCAGCUUCACUAAUUUCAACAUCCACUUAUAAGACCACACCAUCAGUUACUAUUAUUAACACACUGGCUACAGCAACAACAGCCAAAGCCUCCUCCACUACAAACCUUAACUUAAUCUCCACAGCCACAGGCACUACCUCACCCCCCACAACAACACAUUCAACGUCAGCUCCUAUUUUCACAUCCAUAUUUUCAACCAUUGUGACUUCCAAACACCAAGCGACAACUCCCUUGACUACAUUUAGAACUUCAACCUCAACAAUGACGUCAGCAAAUUCCAACAUCCCUAUCACCUCUGAAAUAUCGACAACUUCAUCCAUAACUUCAACCCCACCAUUUCCAUCAUCAAUAAGGUUGCGUACACCAACACCUUUUCACUCAACUAUUAUGACGACAGACAAAAAUUCAGCUUCCAAGACCACAAAAAUUACUGUGCCGGCCAUGAGUACAACUAUAUUUUCCACAUCUUCCACUUCCACAAACAUAUUCCCUAAGACUACACUCACUUUAUCUUUAAUAACUACAUCUGCUACCUCUGUUUCUACACCUAAACCACCUAAUACUUUAACACCAGCAACAAUACUCACAAAAGCACCUCCCACCUUUACAACCCAGUCAAAAGGCAGGACAAAACCUAUCAUUUACACAUCCUCGACUACAACAAUGACCUUGGCUCCCUCAGCAACAAUUGAAACUUCAGUUAUUGGAAAUACACCAGUGACUUCCACCCCGAUUAACAAUUUGCCAAUUUCGGCUACCCAAGUUACAUCAGUAGCGUCAGCCCCUGCAGCUAGUCCCUCAACUUCCACAGCUCGGCCCAAAGCUGUAUUUUUAACCGCAGCUCCCAGUACUACACCACCAACAGAUCCAGCUACUGUUGCCAUAGCUACCGAUUCAACACCAAUGACAAUGCCCAUAGAUGAGGCGUCCACAGCUGGAAAUAGCACUUCCUCUCAGUCAAAAGCCUCUGUCCGCAUCAGCACCCCGCCCAGGACCACGUCUCACCUUUCCUCGGGCACCGCAGAUGAAAAAUCAGCUGAAGGUCCCUCUGCUCCUACCAAAGGAACCAUUGUCUUUUUUACACAAAAGCCGAGACUCAUUGUCGCAAGUCCAAUUCAAUCUCAGUAUCCAGUAGUAAUUCGUGAAACCAUUUAUGCUAUGUCCCCUGCUGAUACCCUCUCGUUGAGCAGCGUAUCCAGUGCCAACAGAACAGAUGCAGCUCCUGUCAGGGAAGUACGUUCAAGUGGGCUCGAGCCUAUGGACGCACAAAGCCCUGACACCAUGGCAACCGGGGCCAACACAGGACCAGGGGGGACACUGGCCCUGAAAAUGCGAAUGAGCAGAGUUUUUCACUCCGGUUACCUGGAUCCAAACACACCUGAGCACCAGGAGUUAGCCAGAAAUGUGACAGAGGAGGUCAGUCCUGUUUUCCAGACUAGGUACCCAAAGACCUUUGUUGGAUGCAAAGUGGAUGGAUUCUGGAAUGGGUCAGUGGGUGUUGACAUGACCCUCACAUUCAAGAGUCAGACAGUGGUUCCAAGCAGCUCCACUAUCGUGGAUAAUUUAUCAGAAGCUUUGAGUACUGGGCAGUCACACCUGGACGUUAUACCGGGCAGUGUUAUUGCAGGGAUGACUGGCAGAAGCAAAACCAGAACAACGGGGCCUCAGAAUUUCCAAUCAUUCAAUUUGACACAAAAGCCUGAAGGAACAUGAUCCACUGCCUGAAGCAGCUCAAUGCACAGAUCAACUGUGUCAUGUGACCGCUGUGUGACUGCAUCACUGACACCUACUGUAACACAACGCUAGUGUGUGUCUGCAUCGCCGGCACCUACUAUAACACAACGCUAGUCUGUGACUGCAUCACUGACACCUACUGUAACACAACGCUAGUGUGUAACUGCAUCACUGACACCUACUAUAACACAACGCUAGCUGCCAACUGAAAGGACAAAGUCAAUGUGAAAGUAAGAAAAGAAAGAACCUGAUUUUCCUUGCAGUUUUUUUUUACUGUUAAACUACUGAAAUGUGUUUCGACUGCAGGGGUAUCAGUACUAUACCGAAACAAAAUAUUGCUUGUAUCUACCUGGGUCAAAUACAUAUUUGAGUUCCAUUAGCUCUUUAAAUGUCAAUAUUCCUCCUGAACCAGGUUGGCUAAAAAUCUGUGGGUCUCCCUUUGUUUAAUCGCAAAUUAAUAAUUAGAAUGACAGAUGUGUAAUAAUAAUAAUAAUAAUAUUAACUAUAAUAAUAAUAAUGGAUAGCAUUUAUUUAGUGCUUGUCAUGAUUUCAAAGGGCUUUACAAUGAAGGGAAGUUCACUUCUCAUACCCACCUGAUUAGACUAAAGAUGUUUAAUGCAAUGCAUUCAAUGCUUAAAAAAUAUAUAUAGCAUAGCAAAAAAAAAAAAAAAAACAUCUUAAGCCAGAGACUUUUAUUCUUUUAUUUUUUUAAACAGAACACAGCAACUGCACUUUCCCUUAUGGCCUUGUACUGUGUAAACCAGAAAUAUGUUUACACACACCCGUGCAGAGGCAUGCGUGCACGCACACACACGCACAGUGUAUUGCCUACAGAAAGCAGUGCACGGGGUAGCUGUAAGUUUGCGUAUAAUUUGUGCAGCAGAAGGCACCAUAGAAUACAAGUAGGUUUGAAUUUCAGAGACAGCGAUCUGACAGUGCAUUCCAAUAAAGCAAACAUAGGAUUCGAAAAUGCAGUUAGUUCCACAUGCAUUUUAAAGGAAAUAAUUGUCUUUGCUAAUAGUAUGUGUUCAUAUUUGGACAGAGCACUCACAAGAAUCUCUGCUGUGUGAACAUUUUUGGAAUUCCUAUGCAAACUCUUGAAAGGGAUCAAGUUGCUCAUCUUUUUAUUCCGUAGCGCCAGGUCAAUUUGUCACGGUUUUAAGAGGGACAAGCACUGCAGUACAAGCUACUCUAUAAUUACACUAUAGUAUCAGAUUUCUACAGGACAGACAUGUUUGGAUAAACUCCUCUGGAUGAUGUGUUUGGAUGAAGGCUGACCAGACACAAUAUACUGUGAAUUUUACCAGUAUAACUUGUUCCACAGGUUAGGUCACGUCCACACUUGGUAACAAAGCAGAAAAGUAACAUAUUUGCCAUUGUCGCACCCUUUUGGGUCCCUGCUGAAUCUGUUAGCUGGUUUUUUAUAUGCAAUACUAAAUGUUAUGUCCAGCUGAAGGAGAAAAAAAAAGACUCUAAAAAGUAUAGCUAACUGUAAUCACAUUUAAUUAUGGGAGACGGUAUUUAUGUUUUAAUAAAGCUGUGAUAGUGGAAUUGGACGUCGCUUUGAAUAAGUGUUCCAACUGAAAAAUAUUAUUGUUCAUUAUAAGUUGAUAUUUUCCACAAAGACACUGUGCUGUACUGAUGUGUGUUUACACAUAUGUGGUGAAUAUUAAGUAUAAAGUGGCUGGUUACUUAACUAACUUUUUUUUUUUUUGCAUCCAAAAUAAAUGAAGUAAAACAUUAA